AUGGGCCUAUUCUAUAGCUCACCAUCACGCGAACCAGAAAUUGAUCCAAAAGAUGAGAUUGUUCCGCUUCGUUUUUGGGAUACCGCUUUGUGCAUGCGAGGCACGGUUUUAGACGUCUCAUUGAAAAUCGAUCAUUACUUGGACAUAGCAAAGAUCCGUGGAGCCUUGGAUGAGCUGUUUGAGUUAGAGGACUGGAAGCAGCUGGGAGCCCGACUACGCUUGGUCAACGGAAAACUUGAAUACCACAUUCCACGGUCAUUUGAUGCGUCGAGGCCCGCGUACUACUUUUCCAAUGUUGAACAUGCUAUGAGCAUCAAUGACCAUCCAUUCGGCAAGAAAAUCCCGAAGACAAGCGGCAAGCCUACCCUUCUCGGCUCCCCCGAUGAAUUGAGUCCUCUUCUCUGCAAUGUCGACAGCCCGACAAAAUUGGACGAUUGGAUUUACUCCGAUAGACCACAACUUUGCAUACACACAGUCAGUUUCAAUGAUUCAACAAUCAUUACAGUAACUUGGAUACACACACUGGCCGAUGUGAUGGGAAUUAGCACAUUUCUGAACGCAUGGACAGCACUUCUCAGAGGCGAGCCGAAGUCCGUCCCUAAGCUACAUGACUUUAGGUCCGAUCCGCUGUCCCUGCUCGGUCAACAAACACCAGCAAGCAAAUACCUCUACUAUGACCGUGUCUUCGCUCGAAAAGACUUUCUCUGGUUCAUCGGGCUCAAUAUUCUGGAAAGAUUCUGGUACCGAAAUGAGGAACGGCGCACCAUUUGUCUGCCCGCGUCAUCAUUGAAACGUCUUCACUCGAUAGCAAUGGAGCAAAUCUCACCCAUUACACCCACCGAUGACAAGUCUGCACCCUUCGUCAGCGAAAGUGAUGUCCUGCUGGCAUGGUGGGUGAGCACAAUUUACGGCGCACUUGACCUCGGCCCCGAUCAAAUGAUCCUGGUCAACAAUGCGCUUAAUCUUCGGACAUCAACACAUGAUUCAUUUGAGCCAAACGAGAAUGUGUAUUUAGGAAAUGCCCUGUGCAUGUCCCCCACCUUUCUUAAAGGAAGUCAAAUCUCCAGCGAGGGAUUGGGCCAGAUUGCUCUUCGGAUCAGACACUCAUUGACACAACAACGGACAACUGAGCAGGUCGAGGCAAUGACAGCUCUACAGAUGGAAACAAUGGAGAAAACUGGGUACCUAGCCUUAGUGGGUGAUCCUCGGAUGGUGCUCAUGUCCUGCUCCAACUGGAAUAAGGCCCGCUUCUAUGACGUGGAUUUCUCCCCUGCCAUUUUGCAGGCAUCAACGCAGUCAAACAUUGGAGGUCAGGGAAGCCCCGGGAAGCCCAGCUAUGUCAAUGGAGUUCAACACUCAGCGAAUUCGUUCCGGAAUGUACUAUCGGUCAUAGGAAAGGACUCGGCUGGGAGUUGGUGGCUGACAGGGGUUUUGCGCACGGAUUCAUGGACGAAGGUUAAGGUGCAAUUGGACAUGAUUGACACGGUUUAG